ACCAUGAGAGAUAUUUAAUAAAUAACUAAAGACAAUCUGGAAACGUGCAUAAAAUUGUAUUUCAUUGGCAGGAAUAUGGAUAGACAUGAAGAUGUGGAAUGUAGGCUGGCUUUCCCACAUGCAUGUUUUGGGAUUUUUUAUUUAUUUUUUUUAUUUUUUGGGGCAAGACAUGCAUUUUUGUGGUGCGAAAUGCAUUCGAAAAGCCAUGUGUUGGAGACAGUGAGACAGACAGGAGAGCUCCGUCCGAGAUAAGCAGAGCAGAGAGGACAAGACGGGUACUGACAUGAAAAAAAAAGGGAUGUUUAGUCUGUCUAACUGAGUUUAUUUUGACUCUGCAGUGUUGAGGAAGCUGCUGCAGCCAUGCCGCCCCCUCCUCCUCCCCCUGCUGCUGCUGCUGGCCUCACACAGGAAACAUAACAUAGGGGUCACUUCUCUGGUGUUUUGCUGUGUCUUAGUUUCCUGUGAUGACACACAGUUGGGACAGCCUGAGCCUGGUCAAACCCUACAAUUACAUGAUCUCCUCCAACAUGGAGGUCCCCAGGAGGCCUCAGCCCGCCUCCUUCAAACUGAGUCUCCCUAAGCCGGCCUCCUCGGGCCUGCCUCCCCUCGCAGCUGUGGAGAAAGUCUCUGAGGGCAAGGACAGGAUGGAGGGAACGCCACGGGGGAGGAUGGACGGCACCGCAGAGGAAGACAAAGAUCAAAAGGCUGCAGAGCGGGCGCUCGGUCCAGAGGACGAGAGCGAGUCGGACAUCUCUGUGUUUGUGGAGUCAGCCGCCGAGGAGCUUUUGGAUGAAACCGCGUCCCCCGUGGAGGCCGAUUCAAAACAAAGCAGACGCUCAGACGAAGCGGAGAAGUCGCCGGAGGAGGCCGAGGAGGCCAGAAAGAGGAGCAAAGAGGAGGAGGCAGCAGCUAAAGAGAGGGCCGCUCAGAGGCAGCUGCUGGCGGUGGAGGAGCUCGUCCAGACCGAGAGGAAUUACCUUCGGCUGCUGCAAGUCAGCACGGUCACCAUCAGGAGCAGUCUGCACAAGAUGCAGCCGCCUCUAGCUAACCUGGACAGCAUGUUCCUCCACAUAGAGGAUGUGAUCGCCGUGUCGGGUCGACUCCUCAGCCUGCUGGACCAGAAGCAGGUUCAGCCUGGAGACCCGCUCUUCCUGGAGACGCUCUGUGAUGCGUUCCUCAGCCUGUCUUCAGACAUCGAGGCGGCCUAUCGGGAAUACCUGGCCAACUACAACAACGUGACCUCCGUGGAGAACAGCUACAAACAGAAGGAGGCGCUCUGGAGCGAGAUCGUCAAAGUCAUCAAGAACUCAGCGCCGGAGGUGAACGCCACCUCUCUGAGUUUCUUCCUGGUGAUGCCCGUGCAGCGAAUCGCCCGUUACCCCCUCCUGCUGCAGACCAUCCAGAAACACACGGACCCCGCCCACCCGGCGUACGGCCUGCUGGAGCAGACCGCUCACACCGCCGUCGCCUUAAACUGCCGCAUCAACGAGUACAAACGCUUCAGAGAAGUCGCCGACAAAUACAAGAAGACGGAGACGCUGACCAUCAAGGACAAGAUCAACCGCCUCAACAGCCGCAGCAUCGCGAAGAAGACGGCGAGGCUCAGCCAGCACAUCAAACACGAGACCGGAAUCGCAGCGAAGCUGGUCGACGAGGAGUUCGACGCCCUGGAGGGUUUCUUCUACGUUCUGGAAAACGGGAUCCUGCAGCUCCUGGAGAACGUGGAGACGUACCUGGACCACCUACAGAGGUUCCUGGCCUGUAAAACCGAGGAGUUUGACUUGGACAUGGACGGAGAGAAGCCGGCCAUCUGCUACAAGGAGAUCACCACCGCCCUCAGACAGUGGAUCCUCCCCACAUUUGAGAAGAGGAUGCGCACGUUGAUCCACAAGCCGCUGUGCGCGCUCCGGGACCUCCUGGACGGCCCGAGGAACCUGAUCAGGAAGCGGCUGGACAAGCUGCUCGACUAUGAAAUGAUAGAGGCUCGGUCCACGCUGAGCUACGAGGAGCAGGCGGUGGCCAACACCUACAGGACGAUCAACACGCUGCUGCUGAACGAGCUGCCUCAGUUUAACGGCCUGGCCCUGCAGAUGAUCUGGAGCAUGUUGGGCACGUUCAGCUGCCUGCACAAAGACCUGGCAUCAGACAUGGAGCAGCUGUUCCAGAGCUUCGCGCAACAGCUCCCUCACAGCUCUCUGGACCCCGGUGCAUUCUGGGAGUGGGCGGAGCAUACGGUGCUGGAGGAGGCGAAGAAGCUGGAGACGCUUUGUCAAGACGUGCAGGAGACGCUCAACGCACCUGCCGUCCAGCCUCCCAGUCCAUCGUCUCAGCGGCGUCUGAAGCAGCUGACAGAGAAACACGGCUCAGGCAGGAUCUACCAGCUGACCGGCGCCGUGGCGGGCGGCCGCGACCUGGACCUGAGCCUGGCCCGGGGCGAGCUGGUCGCCGUCAUCAGCGAGGCCGACAGCCGCGGCGACAGACGGAGGUGGCUGGUCGACGCCGGCGGCAGAAGAGGCUACGCUCCCGCCUCCAAGCUGAUUCGCUAUCACCAGCCGGCAGAGGACCCGCCCCCUUCGCCCCACCUGGCCCUGCCGGAGGGCGGAGCCGCGCUCAGAAGAAACUCCUACACCCCCGAGAGCCAGCCGCUGACGGCCGUGAGCCCCGCCUACUUCCAGGUGUUUGCGGGCUACGACUUCUCGGCGAGAGGAAACCACGAGGUCUCGCUGCGGGCCGGCGACCCGGUCCGAGUCCUGGAGCCGCACGACAAGCGAGGGAACCCGGAGUGGAGCCUGGUGGAGGCGAGGGGGGGGCAGCGCGGCUACGUGCCCUCCAACUACCUGGCCAUCGUGCCCAUGACCCCCAUGCCACCCAGCGGCUACUAGCAGCACCGCCAGGGAGGAGGGAGGAGGGAGGGGGGAGGGGGGGUGUUUCUGUGUUGGAGUGCAAGCGGUUAAUAUUUUAUGCCAAGGUGCUUUUUACCAUUUUCCAGCGUUCAGGACUCUUGUAGAAACGUUCACAAGAGUUCACAGUUGUUCUCUUGUCUUUUGUUUUUUGUAAAUGUUGUUCUUACCAGAGUAAUUUUUAUCAAAGUGGAAUAACCUGUGUGACAGCUCGUAGACGUCACUGGACACUAAAACGCUACGCGAGAGCAAAGCGAGAGCAGAAAGUAAUUUGUAAAAAUACUAUUAUACAGUUAAAACAAUGUAAAACUGUACAAAGAAAAUUAGAUCUAAUUGUAGGUUUUACAAACUUUAUGUUGCUGUGGAUGAAAUCAGACAUGUGAUUAAGCCAAAUAUCAGCGCGACAUAUCAGUGAAGUGAUUUAUCAGUCUAACCCAAAUACUGGCCAUCGGUUAUUGUAGAUUUCAAGACAAAAACUCAUUUCAAAAUACACACUGCAAAAACUCAAAAUCUUACCAAGAAUAUUUGUCUUAUUUCAAGUCAAAACGUCUUAUUUCUAGUCAAAAUAUCUCAUUACACUUAAAA